AACCGUAUCCUUAAAUAGCUGUCCAAACCAAACUAUCUUUUAUACCUUUUCCCCUUUUUUGUGCCUUUAGCUUUCAUUUUGCACACGCAAGAACAAAUUGCUUAAUUUGCAUCUCUUUAAUAACCAAAACAAAGAAGAAAUCUUCACUAAACAAAAACAAAAAAUGGUGAAAGACAGGACAAUUGGUGUAGCAAUGGAUUUCUCUCAGAGUAGCAAAACAGCUUUGAAAUGGGCAAUUGAUAACUUGGCUGAUAAAGAUGACACUUUUUACAUAAUUCACAUCAAGAAUCAUUCUUCUAAUGAGUCACGUAAUAAGCUAUGGGCUCAAUCCGGUUCUCCUUUGAUUCCGUUGGUGGAGUUUAGGGAGCCAGAAGUAUUGGAGAAAUAUGAUGUGGAGAUUGAUAUUGAACUUCUUGAUAUGCUUGAUACUGCUUCUAGGCAGAAAGAGAUAAAAGUUGUAACCAAAUUGUAUUGGGGAGAUGCAAGGGAGAGACUGUGUGAAGCUGUUGAAGAUCUGAAGUUGAAUUGUUUGGUUAUGGGUAGUAGAGGCCUUACUACCCUCCAAAGGAUAUUUAUGGGAAGUGUGACCAAUUAUGUAAUGUCUCAUGCAACCUGCCCUGUCACUGUAGUCAAGGAUCCUGAUUUCCACAAGCAUUGAUCAAGAAUUAUGGGUUGAAUAAGAUGAAAAUUGUAAAAUGUUUUUAUUUUUCUAUUGUUUCUGGUUUCAAUAACUAAUGAGAAAAUGAUGGCUUGUUCUUAUUUAUCUGAUA